GGAUGUCACCCCAUGCGAUGCUCAUUAUGGCCAUAAAAGCUCUGGAUGGUGGUACAUCUAGCACGAACACCAUCGUCAUACGCCCACAAAGUUCACUACUCCCACACACCCAUCCUAUAACAGUAUGACAGUGAUCUCAAAUGAUCCCAGUUGGUGGCCAGCCAUGAAUUCGGGUCUCAUUUACAGCUAUUUUUUGCCGCCUCCGCUGGGGUGAUGUAUGAUUGCGUGCUAACAUUCGGACAAGAGGUCGAACUAGUCUGGAGGCAACGCUGGUCUCUGAUGACUAUUAUGUAUCUUAGUGUGCGCUACCUCGGAAUAUUAUAUGCUGUCACCAGCAUGUUGAUUGGAGUUCCGACCAUCCCGAUGACAGAUGCAGUGAGCUUCAACAUGUACGUCGCAAUAGUGUGGACAAUUCUCGUCGUGUUUGCAAUGACAGGCGUCAUCAUGAUGACUCGGUUGUAUGCCAUGUAUCAGCGAUCCAGAAAGGUGCUGAUACUUCUCAUUGUCGUCUUACUGGCUAUCAACAUCGUCAAUGGAGUGAUAUACGGAAUAGAAACUAGGCAUGCCUCAGGAGAGGUGUACAUUGUCUUCGGCACCUAUAUGUGUGCUAUUGACUAUGGGGAAAGUGACCAACUUCUUCUGACGCCCAUGAUUUGGAUACUCACCAUGGUAUGGGAGGUCCUUGCACUGUUGCUCGCAGUCUGGAUUGCUGUAAAACAUUUCCGUGAACUGAGACGAUCAUCUACGGGAGGGUUUAUCGGGGACUGUUUCACGGUGUUAUUGACAAAUCACGUGGUCUACUUUGCGAGCUUUGCUGCUGCUUCGAGCUUCGAGCUUGGUUAUUUGCUUUCAAUAAUCUCAGCGGACCCAUAUUCCUUGCAAAGUCAGAUUGUUGUUGGUGUCGCUCAAAUUUUCUUGCUUGCGCAGUACUUUGUGCUAGGACCACGCCUGAUCCUUAGCGUUAGAAAUUAUCACGCUAAGCUCGUGGACGACUCUGAUGCAGCAACCGCCAUGACUUCAAUUGCUUUCCAGGAGCACGUGCAUGUGUCAACAAGCAGCAGUGUGUAGCAAGGGAGAUGACUUCUUUACACUGGGAAUUCUGCAGGCGAGAGAAUAUGUUUUUGUUCCAAGUUUCGUCGUGGUACUUAUUUAAUUAAGCUGUGUUGUGUUCCGAAGUAGAUUUGAAAAGAGAAGUAGGUCUGGACAAACAUUUAUCUUUAUGCAUCACUGCUGGCGCUAGCUGCUACUGAGUACUCACACUUGCACCAAGCGGCAAGCUGAAACCACAUAGAACGUCUCGCGACCAGUCCUCAUCUUAACUAUUCCCCACUCAAGCGCCCGGAUUGCUUGAUAGCUGAGAUGUAGCAGUAAUCUGCCUGUCGUCUUCG